UAGUUGGGUCUGUGUGGGUGAACAUAAAAAUAAGAAAAGGAGAAAGCAGAGAAAAAAAAGAUAGAAAGGCAUUAAUAAUUAGUGGUGAAGGAAGAAUGGCUGCAGAACUCUACGAUGCUAUAUUGAAAGGGGAUGUAACAAGAUUUCGAGAAGUGGUUCAACAAGAUCCAUAUCUUGUUGAAAGUGCUUCAUUUGCAUGUUCAAGAAAUGUUGUGCACAUAGCCGCACUGCGGGGGCAAGCAUCCAUUGUUGAAGAGGUGUUGAACAUCAACCCGCAGCUAGCUCGAGAUUUGGACUCCCAACAAUCAUCGCCUCUUCACAUUGCAGUUGCGAAAGGGAGCCUUGAGAUAGUGAAGAAGUUGUUAUCAGUAGCCCCAGAGGCGUGCUGGUGGCGAGACUGCCAUGAUAUGAACCCGAUUCAUAUUGCAGCCAUGAAAGGGCAUGACGAGGUGUUGAAGGUGCUGCUUGAAGAGAGUCAUAUGCCUGCUAUGGAGAGACUGCAUCGCGGGCAGACUGUGUUGCACCUGUGUGUGAAACAUGGUCAGCUUGACGCAUUGAAGGUUUUGGUGGUGGAAUUGGGAGAGUUUGUGUUUGCAGUUGAUGAUGAUGGGGAGACCCUAUCGCAUUUGGCUGUUAGGUCCAAUCAACUUGAGAUUCUCCGAUACUUGGGGGCAAGCAACAAAAUAAGAAGGGGAAAGCGGAAUUCGAUGGGCAAAACAGCACUAAAAAUCUUGAUUCAGAGCCGCCCUCCAGCUUGGCCAGCUCCUAGCUAUUGGGAAAUGUGGAGAAUCUUAAGAGGUUUUUCAGUAUUGUCAUUUCUGCCCAAUAUGAGCGACGUUGUGAUGGUGGUGGCAAUCCUGAUAGCAACGAUGGCGUUCCAGAACACCGUCACCCCACCUGGUGGGGUGUGGCAGGACGACACGCCAUCACACAAGGCCGGCGAAGCUGUGAUAGCAUACACUCAUCCCGACAUAUACAAAGAUUUGGUAUUUUAUAACAACAUGGCAUUCUACUUAUCCUUCUCCGCAAUCUUCAUCAUCAUCUCCGGAUUGACAUCCAGAUUCCCCUCUAUUUCCUAUGCCGUCGGAUCUGCAAUGUGGCUCUCGAUUAUGUUUAUCAUAUUCAGUUAUAAAAGUUCGAUAAAGGUGAUCAGUCCCAACACGUUCGAUACACCAUUAAUUGGCUACUAUAUUCAUAUCGCCGCAAUCAUAGCUGUGAUGUUAGUGGUAACAAGAGAAUUUUUCCGAUUUUCCGUCGUCAUUAUGAGGCAAAGGGAUGUUUGAGAGACUAUUUGUUCACCAUAAAUAUGGUUAAAUACAUUAUAAAAUAAAUU